AGCAAAGGCUUCUAGUUCCGUGUGUUGGGGAAGAAUUUCAUCAGCAAACAUCAGUACAGGGAAGGCGUGUUCUCCGAUAUAAGAGCAAAGAGGCGUUUCCGUCUCAUUCUGAGAUUCCGGACUGAUCCAGGAGCCUGGGGGCCCCUGUGCCGCGUCUCGUAUAUAUUACAGGUCGGAGGUCUCCAGGUAAUCAGAUCAUUCCAAGGUGAUGUAAGCUCUGGUCAUCUCCUGCCCGGGUGUCAUGGCGGCCUCCUCCUCACAAGGACAGAUGAAUUGGCAAACCCCCGGGGAUCUCAUCAUCUAUUCUCUGGAAGACCUAAUAGAAAGCGAUUUCAAAAGAUUUAAGAAUAAAUUGUCUGAUUUCUGUUAUGAAAAUAAACCUCCCAUUCCCAGAGGAAAACUGGAACAUGCAGAUUGUAUCACCACAAAGGACAUCCUGAUAGACACCCAUGGAGGGGAAGGAGCUCUGGAUGUCAUAAUUAAAGUCUUGACCCUGAUUGGUCUUCUGGGACCCGCAAAUGACCUCCAGAUAAGAAGAACAAAAAUGGCUAAAUUGAAUACAAUCACGAACAGCAACAGAUUAGCAGAGUGUAAGAAGGACUACAUGAACUCAAUGAAGGAGGAUUUUCAGCGGAUUAAAGAAUAUAACUCUCGUAGAGGGGAGACUGUUAGUUUACAAAAUACAUACAUCGAGUUACAACUAAUAAAGGGACCCCAGAUCAUGGAAGAAAAGAUGCAUGAAAUAUUAAAUUCAGGCAAAGGACAUCUACAUAACUUGAAGGAAAAAUCAGGUGAAGAUUCCCCAAUAACAAUUCAGACGCUGUUUGAUCCAGAUAAAGAUGGUUUCAUCCCAAAGAUUGUGGUGCUACAAGGACCUGCUGGGAUUGGAAAAACUAUGACCUCCAGGAAGAUCAUGCUGGACUGGGCCUCUGGGAAUCUCUACAAAGAUGAGUUUGACUUUGUGUUUCAUCUGAGCUGUAAAGAACUCAGCACCAUCAUUGGACCCAUAAGCCUUGUGGGACUUUUAUCCAGAACCUGCAAACUGCAGUUAAGUUCAGAUGACCUGGUGUCUAUUCUGAAGGAUCCUGAUAAUCACAGAAAACUUCUCUUCAUACUUGAUGGUUUUGAUGAAUUGAGUUGGACUCUGGAGAAGAAAUCUGAGGCUUGUCGUGACAUUUUUGAAGAAACUCAUAAAGACUUACUUCUCCAGAGAUUGCUCAGGAAACAGAUUCUGAAACCGUCUUCUCUGAUCAUCACCACAAGGCCACUGGCCCUGGAGAAACUUCACUCAUUUGUUGAGGAAUCACGGGAUGUUGAAGUCAUGGGAUUUACAGAGGAAGAUCGUAAGGAAUAUUUACUCAACUUCUUCAAAAAUGAAGAUGAUGCAGACAAGGCACUCAGUAUUAUAAAAGACAAUGCCAUUCUGUACACCAUGUGUGCCGUCCCCAUUGUAUGCUGGAUUGUGUGUACUGUUUUGAAACCCCAAAUAAAACAAGACUUGGACUUAUUGCAGUACAACACAGCCACCUCUAUAUAUCUCCUGUACCUGAAGAGUCUAAUAAAGCACCAUUGCAGGAACCAGCCAACAAACGCUUGCCUAAAGAAAUUGUGUGCUCUGGCUAAGGAGGGAAUUUUGAACCAGAAAAUCUUGUUUGAGAUGGAAGAUCUAAAUAGACAUGGACUUUCUCUGUCUGAGGUUGAGUCUGUAUUUUUGAAUGAAAACCUCUUUCAUCAGGACAUCGACACCCAAACCUUCUACAGCUUCAUCCAUCUGAGUGUACAGGAGUUCCUUGCUGCUCUCUAUUAUGUGCUGGGUGAUGGUUCUGGAAAUGAGGACGGGACCACUGGACCGAGAGAGGGAACUUCUAUCCCCGAGAUCUGUAAAGGAAAUUCACUUUCAGCAAUGUGUGUAAAACACCCACAUUUAACAUUAGCUGUGCGAUUCCUAUUCGGGCUGCUCAAUGAAAAGGACGUUCGAAAAUUUUCUAAAGACACAGGCAUCAAUAUUUCCCUCCCAGCCAGACGUGAAAUGGAAGGAUGGCUUAUGGGAGAAUGGCUCUUGACAAACUUGUAUACAGGAAACAGCUUGGCACCUCAUUACACUGAAGCCAUUUCAUGUCUGUACGAGACUCAGGACCAGGACAUCAUAAGGAAAAUCUUCUCUAGUUCUCCACAUUUAGAAGUGGCAGGGGCACGGAAGGGUGGUUUCUGGACAGGAGAGAAUUGUUCUAAACAGUUGUGCUAUUGCUUGCAGACCUGUGAAAGUCUUCAGGCUCUCUCUUUCACAUACCUUAUACUGGAUCCCAAAUACCUGAAAAUGUUAUCUUCGCUAAUACACAGAUGUCAACAGCUCAGUUUUCAGAAUGUAAAACUGCAUAGUGGAGACAGUCCGAGAAAGGACAAACUGUUCACCUUUACUCAAUAUGAUGAAUUGCCGGAUAAAGAAGAAGAAUUAUUCAUUUCAUCCGCUGAAGAAGUACCUGCCAAUCUUUCCUGGCUGACUUACUCACAGAGUAAUAUAAGGGAAUUAAAGUUCAACCAUUGUGGUCUGACUGCAUCAUCCUGCAAUGAUAUUUGCUCAUUUAUGUGGGAAAACAGACUGCUCACCAGUCUAGAUCUAUCAGACAACAGGCUACGGGACCCUGGUUUAAAAAUCUUGUGUGAGGGACUUAAAAAUCCUGCCUGUACCCUGAAGGUGCUGAGAAUCUGGCAGUGUAAGUUGACUCCUUUGUGCUGUGAUGACCUCCGCUCUCUUCUAAUCACAAACCGAUCUCUCACCCAUCUGGAUUUAUCAACAAAUACAUUGAUGGACUCUGGGAUUAAAAUUCUGUGUGACGGACUCAAAGAUCCAGGCUGUACCCUACAGGAGCUGAAAAUUGAAGCUUGUAGUGUGACUCCCUUGAGCUGUGAUGACCUCCGAUCUGUCCUUAUUGCAAAUCGAUCUCUCACCAAACUGGAUUUAUCAUUGAACUUUCUAGAGGACUCUGGAAUAAAACUUAUCUGUGAGGGACUGAAACACCCAGACUGUAUCCUGCAGGAACUGAGAUUUGACUUUUGUCACACAACAUUAUCGUGCUGUGAUGAUCUGUGCUCAGCUAUCUCUACAAACCGAAAUCUGAGGAUGCUGGAAACGAGAAUAAAAACUGAGAUCUCAGAAUCGGUUCUCUGCUUUGAGGAUCUGCGACAUCUUGGCUGCACUGUGGAAAAAUUUGGACAGCAAAUUGAUAUUACAUACAGAAGACCAAGACUUCAAGAGUGACUUUGUGGAUCCCUCUACAACAAUGAAGAGUUUGAAGACUGAAAUACACACUUCUGUCUCGAAAAAGGCCAAGUGAAAGUUUAGAGUCUGUGCCAACCUGCCAUUCAGAUCCAUUGGCUGGUGUUCAGUGAGAAAUACACGGGACCCAAACCACCCCUCGCUGUGUGGACACACGGAAAAAAAAUUGGGCCUUUUCAUGACAGUGUACUGUAAAAAAUGUUAUCGUAUUCUAAAUGAACUUCUCUACACUUUAUUGCUAAAAUAUCUGGCAUUUUUUAAACCAACUUUUCCCUUGCUGGAUCAAAAAUGGUCAUGCAAAUUCGACCCAGACCUCCUCCCACUUGGCUGGAUCAUGACACAGACACAUAAAGCUGUAGCAAAAAGGAUCACAUAAAGGGGCUCAUACCCAUGUAGGCACUAUUAGUAGCUGAUGGGAUGAGACUGCAACAGGAGAGGCUUAACCUGGCUAGACACCACAUGAGGGUGGUAGGUAAAAAGUUAGGCAGGAAGCUUAUUUCUGGUAUUUUAGUUCUCAGGAACAAAUAAGAGAAUGGAGGUGGUGUUCUCUAGCCUUUCAUUUUUAGUCAUACCAGAUCCUAUGGGGUGGGUUAGGGUGGAGCCUAGCACCAUAUGUGUGCUGACAUUUAGGCACAAUGAAAGACAGACACAAAGUAUCAGUGAUUGGUAUUUACUCUGUUUCAUUCAUCUUUAGAUUAAAGGGAUGAACUUUAAUUUCCAUAUUAUGUCAUUUAAAGCAACCUAACAAGUAAAAAAAUGUAAAUAAAAUAUGUCCCUUUUUAACCCCUUUUAAGCCCUUAGCCAUAAUCAGGCCAUAAUUAUCUCCUUCUUCCUCUUCUCCCAUAAGCUAAUAUUUUUCC